GGGUUUUGAACGAUUUAAGCGGCCGGUCGAAUGUUCCGGUGCAUAUGUUAGUCUCGGUCCGCGAUAAUUUUUUGAUAACUAAUGGUUCUACCUGUGAAAUAAGAUGUGAUGUCAGAUAGAGGUCUUGAACUUCGAAUCUGGAAAAAUAAGUUAUACAAUUUGCAGCGUGAAGCUCCUUCGCCACAUGUAAUACCCUGCAAUCGAGUUUUAAAUCAUUGCCCACCCCAGUAUGGUGUUGAAUAUCAUGGCCCAAUAUCGCGUCAGGAAACCGAAGAGCUGCUUUCUAAUGCACAUGAUGGCUCUUACCUUAUUAGAGACAGUCAACGUGCCGAAAACGCCUAUACCUUGGUCAUUUGGUUCGAUAAAGUGGCAAAAAACUUCAAGUUGUAUUUUGAUCCCAUAACCAAGCAGCACUUUGUUGGAGAAACUAAAUUUGACACUGUAGAACUCCUUGUCGCUGAUGGCCUUAUUCAUUUUUAUGUGGAAACACGCGGAGCAGAUGUUCUUAAGAGAAUUGCAGAAGCCAACAUUUAUCAAAAGACCCCGUUUUAUAAGGUUCGUUAUCACACUUUCAACUCUCAGGCAGUAGAAGCAUGCCUUAGCAUAAAGUCCUCUGAAAACAAAGUGAUGAAUAACGAACGUCCUCUUCCUUCUCCGUUAAAACACCUCCAAGCUUCUCAACGCCAUGCAAACACUUCCAAACAGUUAUCUUGUCGUCGUCAGUCUAUGGAUGCAAGUCAUCUUGAUAGCCGUUCCAAAUAUCAGUCCGUCGUUUUUACGAAACCACUUAUUCGUGACUGGCCUGAUGAUAAAAAUGGGUUCAAAAAUUACCGGAAUUAUCCCCCUCUGGCUGUUCAACAGUCUAAUGUUUGUAGCCCAAUACAACAACAAACUGACCCAAUAACUACCACCUCUACUUUUGAAGUAGGUUUUUCUCAUCUAAGGUUGGGACCACAAGGAGAUAUGCAUGAAAUUGUGAGCAGCACACAGUCUUUCUCUGGAGUUACUUCAUCUCACACAACACAAGCUUCCAGUCGUAGUACAGUAACAGCAACUAGCUGUGCGACCGUUGUUAAAACUAUUUCUUCAAGUGACCAAUGUUCUUCGGUUAAUUCAGUUUUAAUUCAAGCACCUCUUGCCACUUGUUUUUCUGGGGAAUCAAGCAGUUUAAGUUCUUGUACAAAUAGUAGUUCUAGUAGCCACAUGGGUCUUCUACCGAGUGCUCAGUCAUAUGAGUUGGAAUCUGAAUUUUCUUCCGAAUCAUUUGGUCCUAGACAUAUUUCAUUUGGUAGUAAUUUAUCUGACCACUAUUUUUCAAACGGAGUUUCAUUUCAAAGUUCCAAACUUAAUGGGAAUUCUGACUAUGCACAAAAUGAUGCUAUGCGUAAUCUUCAGGAACGAUAUAACUUGCCUAUGGCUUGUUUACCUGAUCCAUGUACUUUUAUUUCAAAUGUCAAACCACAUAAUUUUAGGAUUCAUACUUAUCGUGGACCUCAUUGGUGCGAUUAUUGUACUCAUUUUAUAUGGGGGCUCGUUGCUCAGGGCAUGAAAUGUGUAGAUUGUGGAUUUCAGGCUCAUAAACGAUGUGCUGAUCUUGUACCGUGUGACUGUGUACCAGAUAUUAAACAAAUGAAGCGAGUGUUCGGUGUGGACUUGACUAAUUUGGCAAGAGCUGAAAACAAGACUGUGCCAACUCUGCUAAUUAAAUGCAUUCAAGAAGUAGAACGUCGAGAUGGUUUGCGUUGUGAAGGCCUUUAUCGUAUUCCUGGAAAUUAUGAUCUUGUGGAAGAAUUACGUACUGAAUUUGAUAAAGAUCCGGAAUUGGCAAAUGUAUCUGAGGCACGUGUUCGAGAUAUCAAUGUUUUGACAAGUUUGAUUAAAUCAUUUCUGCGUCAAUUGCCUGUUCCAUUAAUCACCUAUGAAGCAUAUCCAGAUUUACUGGAUGUUGUUAGAGAUGAUCGACUGAAUGAACAAGAGAAAUUAGAUUUGUUAAGAAAAAUAUUUGCUCGCUUACCCGGUGCACAUUAUGAAAGUUUGCGUUAUUUUAUAAACCAUAUACACAGAGUAGCUGAAAAGCAAGAUGUGAAUAUGAUGACUGCAGCUAAUUUAGCUAUUGUCCUAUCACCUACUCUACUGAGUUCAUCUUAUACUGAUCCUAUAAGUUGUUUAGCUGGAACACUUUUUGAACAUACCUUAAUAGAAUUACUUAUAAAACAUUGUACUUACUUACUUCCAUCAAGCGGACGAUGGUUAGCUAGUAGACCUACUGAAUUAGCAGACAAUGCAAUCCAUUCACCAUCCCAUCGUCAUAGUCAAAUCAUUACCAAUAAUAAUUUUAUUCCACCAGUCACUACGGUAUCACCACCUAAUAUACCAUCUUAUAAGAAAUGGAAUUUUUUAAGAAGUCGAUCAUCCACAGAUACUCGUACAGUGCCAACUUUAUCACCUAUCCCAUGAAAUUGGAUAAACAAUUAUCGAUCUCGUUCUUUAUCUCUUUUUGUGUCAGUAUAAAUAAUUGUGAAAUGUCAUAUUUUUUACUACCUAUCUUACCAUUAUAUUAUUCUCUGAUUGUUCUGUAUCAACAAAUAUUUGUUAACACAUUCCACCAUUUUUUUAUAUAACUUUUUGAUUGUGUCCAUUUUUGCAUUUCACAAAACGUCUGGUUCUUAACAAACUUGUACACAUAUAUUUACUCAUUUAUUGAACUCCAUAAUGUAUGUGCUUGUUUUAGAGAAAUCAUUCAUCAGUGAUACUUUUAUUGUCUUCCAGUUUUGUUUUCUUUUAUUUACUUUAAAACCUUUGAAUGCAAACAGUAUAAUUUCGAGUUUAUAUGACCACUUAUAAGCUUAUUUAUAUAAAUAUAGCGUGUUUCUAACAUCUGAUUGUGUAUUUCUAUCCUAUCCUAUUGUUCAACUCACUACCUAUGAAAAUAUGCUUGUUGUUCAACUCUUAUUAUAUGGGGAUUAUGCUGAGACAUCUUUAAACAUUAUUUAUUGAUAAACUUAUAUGAUGGUACCAUUUUUAUUUGAUUUUUAUAAAUAGGAGUGACAGUGCAAGACAAGAAAACGAAAUAACACUUUGUACAUAUACAUAUAUCUGUAUUAUUAAACUGUGUUUUACAAAAAUAGCUCAUUACCUGAUGGGUUAUUAGAUAGUGAAGGUUAAAUAAUCUGUUUUUGGGUCCAUAACUCGUCAUGUUUACUUUAUUCACAUCUUUUCUGUCAACUUAUUUCUGAACGGUGAAGUGAUACCGUUAACAGUCGUAUGGUAGAUAUAUUUAAUGAAUCAGUGAAAUGUUUAUGAUUUCUGCGUUACAAGUUCAAAUACAAAUGUAGGUAAGCGAACCCAAAAAAGAACAAUUAUAGAUUCACUGUUUUACGCAGUUUUUAUGCACAGUCUCAGCUUGACUUUUUUACAGAGUAUUGCUUAUUAACAUUGAGAAUGACUGUAGGAAACUUGAAAUGACUUUGACCUAUCAAUGAAUUAGAAAAUAAACAUUAGCAGUUAUUAGUUAGUGUCGGUCAUCUGUAUAACGUUCAGUAAGUUAUUCUGUCAGGCAUACGUAAAAGUCACAAUCGGUUAUAUGAUAGUAGAAAAGUCUCUGCAUAUUGACCAUAUUUCAUUGUACUAACUGUUUCUCCAUACUUUUACUGUACGUGCUUUGAACAAAUGUAGUCAUUAUAAUUCCAGUUUCGUAGUACCUUUUUGUUUGUAUGAAACCGUCUAAAAAUAAUUUCAAUUUUCUGAAAUUUGCAAACAAUUGUGCCUUUGAAAGUUAUCAGCGUGUUCCCCAUCAUGUAUGAUGUUAACAGCUGUAAUUUAUUCAUAAUCAUUUCUUCUUCCUAAAAAAGUGAAUUUUUAUUCGAUUAUGUUGUAAACAGCAUACAUCAGCUGUAAAUAAAAUUAAAUCCAAGCAACAAACGGAUGAAAAUUUUUCACUGUAUUUGAAUAAUCACUGUUUGACAUCAAGAUAUUUUUCUCUUGUUAAACAAAAAAUUACCGAUUGAUUUCCUGAACAUAUUAGACAAAGUUAUUUAUUAGUUUUGUGAAUCGAUGUCUUACAGGCACCAUAUUUUUUGUUUAUAUAUAUGAGUCAUAUGACAAUGUGGAAUGCCUUUUACAACAUAAGUCUUAAAACUUGACGAUGCAUGCAGCAAACUAUAUCUGCAUCCAUUGAAUAACUGGUUGGACCUAUGUGGAGUCUGAAAGACUAAUUAGUUCCUGCACAUUCAUUUUAAAGUUCGACAAUGCUUAACCAACAGAUUUUUUAUAAGUAACCAACUCGAUCGAUUCUUUUGACUUCGAACUUAAUGUACAUCUGGUUAUUAUGUGAUUGAUUACGUAAAUCAAUACAUAUAUAUCAGCACAUCUAUGGUCAGAAACACUAUAAUCCGAGGUAAAAACACGUUUUAGACAAGAAGCCUAAUUUAUUGUUAUUUCAAGAAUUGAAUAUUUCAAUUAGAAUUUCUAUUUCAUAGAACUACACACCAAAAUAACCUAGUGACUAUAAUUUGUUAUCACAAAACUAUGGCAUAACGAAUUUUCAGCUUUGAUCAAUCAACCUGACAAUCUCUUGAUAGUUUUUACUUUCUACGAACUGUUUGUUGUCUUAGUUUAUAAGACAACAAACAGUUCGUUUUAAUAUGCUAUGAUUUGCGA